AAACGGUGUAAAUGACCAACAAUAAUAAAGUAUUUUGAUUUUAUUGUUCAUUGUGUUUUCUUUUAGUUUAAUUAUUAUACAUUCGAUGGCUAUGAUUCAAAAAAUUCUAACCCUUUGUCGUUCAUCAUUACCAUCAUCAUCAUCAUCAUCAUCAUCAUCGACUGAUAGUGAUGAAAAAUCGAUUGAACAUCAAAAAUCUUCAUCAUCAACAACAUCAUCGACAAUAACAAUGGUCAAUAAUGAUGAAGAAAAUAUUAUGAUGAUGAAACCAAAAUGGCAACCAAAAAGACAUUUAAAUUGUUGUGGUUGUGAUUGGUUUCAUCUUGGAAAACAAUGGCAAAAUUAUCGUAAUAAACGACGAAAUGAAGAUGAAAUAAAAUUAUUAUUAAUUGGUUUAGAUAAUGCUGGUAAAACAACAUUAGCAUUACAUUUAGCUGGAGAAUCAGUUGAUGAUGUUGUUUCAACAAUUGGAUUCUCUAAAUAUGAAUUAAGAUUACGACAGAAUCGUUUUAAAAUUGUUUUAUAUGAUGUUGGUGGAAGUGCACGAAUACGUUCAAUAUGGCAUAAUUAUUAUUCACUUGUACAUGGUAUAAUAUUUGUUAUCGAUUCAGCCGAUCUGGAACGUAUACUUGAAGUUAAACAAUUAUUACAGGAAUUAGCAUCAAAUCCAUUGAUUCUUGGCAAGCCAAUUUUAAUAUUCUUAAACAAACAGGAUAUUCCCGAAGCAAUGGAUGAAAUUGAUCUUUGUAAAUUUACAAAUUUUGAAGAAAUUUUAUCCAAAUAUCAAUGUAUAACAAAAAUUGAAUCAAUAUCAGCUAAAAAGACUGCUAUUCAUAGUCAUAAUAGUAGUAAUGAAAGUCCUCAUCAAAUAGAUUCGACAAUCGAUUCAGGUUUAAGAUGGUUGUUAAAUUGGAUCGAUGAUCAAUGGCCAUUAUUAAAUCUACGUGUAGAACAAGAAAGUCGACAACAAAUUUCAAAAGAAAAUGAUACAAUGAGAAAAAGGAUUAAUCGAAUUCAACAACGUAUUUUAAUCGAAGCCGAAAGUAAAGUACCAAAUACUAUUGCUGCUAACAAUGAAACAAAAUCGAUCAUUAUCGAUCAUCAGCCAAAAUCAAUCGAUAACAUUGAUAAUAAUAGAACAAAUGAUAAUGAAAAUAUUUCAUCAAUCGAUAAUGAGAAUAUCGGUCAUCAUCAUCAUCAUCAUAAGCCAGAAAUAUUAUUGAUCCCAAAUGUAACAAACGAACAACCAACAACAACAACAACAACAACAACAAUGGAUGAAUCAAUAUCAACAAAAUCUCCAACCGAUUCAACACAAUCGAUACGGCCACCAUUAAAACGAACGAAUAAAAUUUAUCCACAAAAUAUUGAUUAAU